GAGGUUGGCUUCGCUGCGUCUACCGUGCUCGAGUUUGAGAUUAUGCUUGCCUCGGGCAAGCUUGUUACGGCCACACCCACGAAGAAUACGGAUUUGUGGAAAGCUCUUCAGGGCGGUUCGGGCAGCUUUGGUAUCGUAACCAGUAUCACGGUGCCUACUAUUGCCAAGUGCAACGUUUGGUGGGGGUAUUUGGUGCUGUGGAACUUUGAUAUCAAGAACGCCACCAAGAUGAUGCACAAGUUGCUUACCAGAAAUGGUCCUCGCAGCACAGAUGUAGCAAAGGAUGUCUACGGCGCCGGUCCACUGCUCUGUCACGGCUGUGCUGAAACUGGGCGUCAGACGAGCGCUGUGAUUCUCGUUCACACUAAGCCUGGGGACGAGCGCGGCUGGCCAGCAACGUUCAAAACAGCAUUCGGCUCCCUAUGGAGGAUCUGGAGCCAGUUCCGAGUGGACCCAUUGAGCAAAGCACUAGGCUUCAUCGCUUCCACGAGCCUGUAUGGUGAGCGGCGCCAUUUUGCCACGUUGACGGUGAAGAAUGACCUCGACACUCUCCAUGAAGCCUAUGCCAUCCAUGUGGACACGGUAAAGUCUCUAUUUGUAGACAAAAAGAAGAUCAAGGGUCUUAGUUAUAACUUUGUGGUGCAGCCACUCCCUCCGGUCAGCGUCCCAGAAGGCGAAGUCGGACCCAUGGGCUUCACGUCUGCUGAUAACGAGCCGUUGGCCCUGUUGCUGAUUACAGUAGGCUGGGCCGACGCCGAGGAUGACGACUUGAUCAAUGGCUGCUCCAAGAAGACGAUAGAGCGUUGGCAGCAAAUGGCCCUCGCAAAGGGGACUCUACAUCCGUACAUCUACCUCAACUAUGCGGCGGAUUGGCAGAAGCCGUUUGAGAGCUACGGCAAGGACUGGCUCGAGUUUAUGCGAGGCGUGAGCAAGAAGCACGACGAGACGGGAUUAUUCCAAGCCGGCCGUUCGGGCGGGUUCAAGCUCUUUGAAUAGAAUCAGUCAUACGUUUGGUAGACCUCGCAGGUCUGUCGGCAACGGGUUGCAGGCGAAGCGGACCGUCCCUAGCUUAGUUCUGUUUAGCUGUUGGUCUGCUUUAAGCAAGGUAGUAUUUCCCCAUACUGUAGCAUCCUUUCCCCGCACGCAUUGGUAGAGCAUGAGGUUAGCUACUGUCAGCCGCAUGACAGAUAUAUAGUUUUACGUUUAGCAUUUAUAUACAUUACCUGAAGAAAUUCGGCAAUUGACUUUGUCGUCUUUGCUGGCAGACAUAUUGGUUGCAAGGGUUUCAACUCUGGAGGCGCUGAGCCCGGCUUGCGUCGGCCUUGCCCGCAAGACGCUCCUUAUCUGGAGAGAGGAAGCCAGCAAGCGGGCACAUGGGAAUCUGGGGCAAAAGCAAGCCCCCUCCAUGCAUG